ACUGCGCGAGUUUUCGAGAGUAUGCUAUUCUCACCAGGCGAGACAAAAGUAAUAAUAUUCUGCUUUACAAAAUUUCUGCUAAAUGAUCUCGAGUCAACUCAGUCACCUCCGCCUCACUUGUAUCCCCUCCAUUUGGAUACUAAUUACAAAAGCUAAUCUUUGUCCAAGAACGUCGAUACACUGGAAUGUCUCUUACCCUGCACGUGGUUUUUCCUUGAAACUGUCGACUUAGAGAGCUUGCGAAAGUAACGAGCACACCCCCUUCCAUCAGACUAAUCCGAAACAAAACAAAAAACUGCCGAUUUGGGAUUAAACAAACCAUCCCAUCACAUCGCCCAAAAAUAAAUAGGUCGGAAUAACAAAAUAUACGAACACUGUAACUUAUUCCUUUAUUCCUAUAUUCCACUACUAUUACUACUACCCGGUGAUUCUCAACGAACACGAUUAUAUGAAUAUAAACAACCAAUAUGGCUCAGGUUCAAACCCCUGAUAGAGAUUUCACCAGCAUUCCACUGGAUGGUGAUGCUAACCAUGCCUCGAAGAAGAAAGCACCCAAACGAGUUCUUCAUUUUAGUGAUGGUAUCUUGGAGGAAUAUUCCACAGAUGAAGAGGAACAACCAGAGGUGAAAACCCAAACGACUCUAGAUCCUCGCCGUGUAAAUGUGAGUACACUCAAUUGGCUGCCAUGGAUUUGGUACUAUAUGGUACUUGUCUCUGCCAAAACCUUUAAUGCUGCUGAUUUGUGCGGUGAAAAACUUGCUUGGUUUUUUGGUAUCACAAGCCCCAAAUACCAAUAUGCAAUUGAUGAAUAUUACAAAGAACAGGAAGAGAAAACUAAUACUGAGAAAGAAAGACUUCAUUCAGUAAAAACUAGCAGUGAACCAGUAACUGCUCCACCAGCUUCCAAGAAUGUGUCUGAAAAUCCUCCAACUCAAGAUUAUGAAAAUCUUGAUAAAUUUUGAGCAUAACACAUCUUUGUUAAUUUUUACUUAACUAUUAUUAUUAUCAUUAUUAUUAUUAUUAUUAUUAUUAUUAUUAUUAUUAUUAUUAUUAUUAUUAUUAUCUCUUGAUAUUUUUUCUUUUGCUCUUUCUUUCUUUUGUCUGCCUUUUCCCUACUCCCUACCCUCAUACAUUAACAGCAUCAUCAUCAUUAUCAUCAUCACUACUGUUAAAGAUGGUCAAUGGCAGAAUCAGAAGAACACAAGGCAAAAUGCUGUGGAGUAUCUUUUUUUUUUUAUUUAUUUAGUAAUAUUCGUUUUUUGUUCUGAGUUCAAAUCAUGCCAGGAUC